CCAUUCCUGUGACCUUCAAGCAAAAGCUGAAGAACCAGCAAGUGGAAGAAGGACACAACAUCACACUGCAGUGUGAGAUUUCAAAAGCUGGUGUCCCAGUUGAGUGGAGGCUUGGAGGAGAGCAGUUGGAGAAUGGAGAGAAGUACCAGAUAAAGCAGAGGGAUUCCACCCUGGAACUGACCAUCAGGGAUGCUGUGCCCGAGGACAGCGGCAUCUACACCUGUGUGUGCAGAGAGCAGAAGACAAAGGCCACUGUAAAAGUCAUUGCGGUUCCUGCCACAUUUAAAGUGAGUAUGAAGAGCCAAGAGGUGGCAGAAGGAAAUAGCGUGACUUUACAAUGUGAGCUGUCAAAGAAAGGAGUUCCUAUUCAGUGGCUGAAAGAGGGUCAGGUGCUGUCUGAAGAGUUAGGCCGUAAUAAAUACCAGAUAAAGGUUGAAGGAAGGAAAGCUUCAAUGACUAUUGUCAACGCACAACCAGAUGAUGCAGGGAAGUACAGCUGUGUUACUGGUGAUGAGAAAACCACAGCAGAAAUCAGAGUCAAAGCGCUUCCUGUCACAUUCAAACAAGAACUCCAGCGCCUGUCGGUCAAAGAAGGAGAGUGUGGAGUUUUCUGCUGUGAGCUCUCCAAAUCUGGAGCUGCUGUGGAGUGGAGAAAAGGCAGAGUGAUCCUGAAACCAGGAGAGAAAUAUGAAAUGAAGCAGGAGGGCCAUCUAACCAAACUCAUUAUAAACAACGUGGAGGAAAGCGAUGCUGGCAAAUACACCUGCAAGACUAAACACAGCCAAUCCAGUGCUGAGCUCAGAGUGCGAGAAUCACCUGAGCGCAGACGUCAAAGAGAUCUCCCUCCACGCUUCAAGUUACUAUUAGUUAACCAGGAGGUCACAGAGGGCAAUGCUGUGGCUCUGCACUGUGAGCUCAACAAGCCUGCUAACUCUGUGGAGUGGAGGAGAGGAGGACAGCUACUCAGGAAUGGAGACAAGUACCAGAUGAGGAAAAAAGACCUGCAGGUGGAAAUGAAGAUCACAGACCUCACAGUGGAGGAUUCUGGAGAUUACACCUGUGUAUGUGGGGAAGAAAGGACAACAGCUCAGAUCACAGUGAAUGAAAGGCCCAUUAAAUUCAUUCAAGAUCUGAAGAAUAUUCAAGUACAGGAGGGAAACGGCGUGGCACUCUGUUGUGAGCUCUCCAAACCGGGCUUCCCAGUGCAGUGGAAGAAGGGUGACGUCGUGCUCACCAGCGGUGAGAAAUACCAGAUCAGGCAAAACGGCUCCAAGCCAGAGCUUCUCAUCAGGAAAAGCCUCCCAGAGGACAGCGGCUCUUACAGUUGCAUUUGUGAUGAUGUCAAAACUACAGCAAGUGUUGCAAUUACUGCAAUCCCAGUGAUAUUCAAGCAAAAACUUAAGAACCAGGAAGCAGUGGAGGAUGGUUGUCUAACAUUACGCUGCGAACUUUCCAAACCUGGACAAGCAAUAGAGUGGAGGAGAGAUGCACAACUUCUGAAGGAUGGAGAAAAAUACCAGAUAAAGCAGGAGGGCCGAGCAGCAGAGAUGCUGAUUAGAACUGUAACUCUUGCAGAUGCAGGAGAAUACAGCUGUUGUGCUGGGACUGCUGUGACUUCAGCUGACAUCAAAGUUAGAGCUCUUCCUGUGACAUUCAAGAAAGAAGUUGAGAAUUUGGAGGUGAAGGAAGGAGACAGUGCAGCUUUCUGCUGCGAGCUCUCCAAACCCGGCGCUCCGGUCGACUGGAGAAAAGGCAGAGUCAUCCUGAAGGCUGGUUACAAGUAUGAGAUGAAACAAGAGAGAGGUCUCACCAAGCUGAUCAUCAACAACGUGGAGGAGAACGAUGCCGGAAAAUACACAUGCAAAACAGAGGACAGUCAAUCCACCGCUGAGCUCACAGUCAAAGCUCCGCCCGUCACAUUCAAAACAAAGCUAAGGAACCAGCAGGUGGAGGAGGAAAACAAUGUGACGUUGAGCUGUGAACUGUCAAAGCCCGGCCUCGCUGUGGAGUGGGCAAAAGGGAAAGAGCUACUGAAGAGUGAUUUCAAGUACCAGAUUAAAAACCGAAACAGCAUCAUGGAGCUGACCAUCAAGAACACCCAACUGGAGGACAGCGGGCUCUACAGUUGUAUGUGUGGAGAUGUCAAGACCACAGCGCAUGUCACAAUUACACCCAUCCCUCUAACAUUCAAACUGGGUCUGAAGAACCAGGAGGCUCCGGAGGGAGGGAAAGUGUGUCUGCGCUGUGAGCUGUCCAGGGCCGGGGUGCCCGUGCAGUGGUGGAAAGGGGAGGACCAGCUGUACCACGGAGGGAGAUUCCAGAUGACACAGAGAGGGAACAUGGCUGAGAUGACCAUCAGAAACAUACAACCAGAGGAUGUUGGAGAAUACAGCUGCGUAUUUGGAGGUCAAAAGACAACAGCUGAAGUCAACGUGAGAGCUGCAGCAUCUGUGUACUUUGAGAAGGAACUAGAGAGCCAAGUGGUUACGGAGGGGAAAUCUGUGCUCAUGUCCUGUGAAGUUUCUAGUGCUAAUGUUCCUGUCACUUGGAAGAAAGACGGCACUGUGGUGGAAGACGGAGAGCAUUACAUAGUGAGAAAAAAUGGCCCUUUGCACACUCUGGAGAUUAAGAAAUUGCAGCUGGCGGAUGCUGGAGAGUACUGCUGCAUCACCAGAGGAAAGAAAACCACUGCCAAACUGAUUGUGAGGGAGCGUGUCAAGAUUGUGAAAGAACUGCAGGACCUAACAGUGACAGCUGGAGAAGACGCUGUGUUUGUGUGCGAGCUGACCCAUGCAGACGUGAGCGAGGGCAUGUGGUGGCUUUGUUCGAGCCCCCUGCAGAAAAACGAGAUGAACCAGAUGACGUGCCGUGGCCGCCAGCACCGCCUCGUCCUCACCAUGACGACACCAGAGGAGACCGGCAACGUAGCAUUUGUAGUUGGGGAGGAAAGGACCUCUGCAAAACUGUUGGUUCUCCCUAAGCCCAAAGUUUUGUUUGAGGAGAAACCCAAAGACACUGUCAUCAUGGAAGGAGAGACAGCUUUCCUGUCCUGUGCUACAUCUGAUUGCAUCACCAUGGUUACCUGGAAGCGCAACCAUGUCCCACUUCGAAGUGGUGAUAAAUAUGAGAUGCGCAAGGAGGGUAAAGUCAAUCUGCUUCUUAUCCAUGAUGUGGAGCCCCAAGACACUGGCAUAUAUUCCUGUGAUACCGGAGAUGUGCAGAGCAGUUUCAAGCUGACUGUAACAGAACUUCCUCCAUACUUUCAAGAGGAGCUACAAAGUGUAGAAGCUGAAGAAGGAGGCUCGGCCUGCCUCUACUGUGAGAUAUCUAAACUAGGAGUGCCGAUUCAGUGGAAAAAGGACAGGCUGCCGAUAAGAGCCGGCAGGAAGUAUGAGGUGAGGCAAGAUGGCUGCUUUCUCCAGCUUUACAUCAAAGAUCUUAAACCUGAGGACAGCGGCAGCUACACGUGUCAAGCAGGGAGUGCAGAGACAAGUGCAACUGUGUCUGUAAGAGAGACGCCCCCAUUCUUCAAGAAGGAAUUAAGAAGUUUGGAGGCUGAGGAAGGAGGUGCAGCUUUCCUGCAGUGUGAGCUAUCUAAACCAGGGUUGUCUGUGCAGUGGAAGAGAAACAGACUGCCACUUCGGGCAAGCAGGAAGUAUGAGAUAAAACAAGAUGGCUGCCUGUUCCAGCUCCACAUCAAUGACCUGAGACUUGAAGACAGUGGCAGCUACUCCUGUCAAGCAGGAAACACAGAGACAGCUGCUAAUGUGACAGUCAGAGAACUCCCAGCUUUUUUCAGGAAGGAUCUGCAGAACAUAAAGGCAGACGAAGAAGAUACAGCCUCACUUUUCUGUGAGGUUUCUAAGCCUGGAGUCUCUGUUCAGUGGAAGAAGAACAAUGUGCCUCUGAGAGCCAACAGGAAGUAUGAGAUGAAGCAGGAAGGCUGCUUUCUACAGCUUAACAUCAAGGAGAUCAAACCGGAGGACAGUGGCUGCUACACUUGCCAAGCAGGAGAGGCAGAGACUAGUGCCACUGUCUCAGUAAAAGAGCUCCCACCUUUCUUUAAGGAUAAUUUGAAAAGUCUAACCGUUGAGGAGGGAGGGACAGCCUCCCUUUGCUGUGAGAUUUCCAAGCCUGGGCUGCCUGUGCAAUGGAAGAAGAACAGGCUGCCCCUGAGAGCAAACAGGAAGUAUGAGAUGAAACAUGAUGAAUGCUUCAUUGAGCUGUACAUCAAAGAUCUCACACUUGAUGAUAGUGGUAGCUACUCAUGUCAUGCUGGAGAUGUAGAGACCACAGCAACUGUGACAGUGAAAGAACUUCCCACCUUCUUCAAGAAAGAGCUAGUAAACAUGGAGGCCGAGGAAGGUGGAGCAGCAUCUUUGUGCUGUGAAGUGUCUAAACCCGUAGCGUCUGUCCAGUGGAAGAAAAACAGACUCCCUCUUAGAGCGAGCAGGAAGUAUGAAAUGAAACAAGAUGGCUGCCUGUUCCAGCUCCACAUCAAUGACCUGAAACCUGAAGACAGUGGCAGCUACACAUGUCAAACUGGACCCGCAGAGACCACUGCAGCACUAUCUGUGAAAGAGAAUCCAGUUUUCUUCAUGAAAGAAUUACAAAAUAUGAAUGGUGAAGAAGGAAGUAUCAUCUCUCUGUGCUGCGAACUUUCCAAACCUGCUCCUGUGCUCUGGAAGAAAAACAAACUGCCUAUGAGAGCCAGCAAGAAGUAUGAGAUUAAACAAGAAGGCUCCAUCAUUCAGCUGCAUAUAAAAGAUUUAAAACCUGAGGACAGCGGGAACUACACAUGUCAAGCAGGAAAUGCAGAGACAAGUGCAACUGUGUCUGUAAGAGAGACGCCCCCAUUCUUCAAGAAAGAAUUAAGAAGUUUGGAGGCUGAGGAAGGAGGUGCAGCUUUCCUGCAGUGUGAGCUAUCUAAACCAGGGUUGUCUGUGCAGUGGAAGAGAAACAGACUGCCACUUCGGGCAAGCAGGAAGUAUGAGAUAAAACAAGAUGGCUGCCUGUUCCAGCUCCACAUCAAUGACCUGAGACUUGAAGACAGUGGCAGCUACUCAUGUCAAGCAGGAAACACAGAGACAACUGCUAAUGUGACAGUGAAAGAACUCCCAGCUUUUUUCAGGAAGGAUCUGCAGAACAUAAAGGCAGACGAAGGAGAUACAGCCUCACUUUUCUGUGAGGUUUCUAAACCUGGAGUCUCUGUUCAGUGGAAGAAGAACAAUGUGCCUCUGAGAGCCAAUAAGAAGUAUGAAAUGAAGCAGGAAGGCUGCUUUCUACAGCUUAACAUCAAGGAGAUCAAACCGGAGGACAGUGGCUGCUACACUUGCCAAGCAGGAGAGGCAGAGACUAGUGCCACUGUCUCAGUAAAAGAGCUCCCACCU